CGGGGUGGCACCGAACCUGGGGGUGCUGGGGGGGGACCGAGGUGGGAAUGGUGGGGAGCUGGUGGUCCAGGGACUGGUGUCUUCAUCCGCCUCCCCCAGCUCGUCCUUCCCCAGCUGCCCUCCCAGACACGGCCAGGCUGCAGAGGCAGGACUGGGGCAGCCCAGAGACAGACCCUGUCACCUCCUGGUGCCUCUGAAAGGUGCCGGGUGACCACCAAGGUCUCUGUGCUCAGCAAAGGGAUGGCACCUAGACCCCUCAUGCCAUCAGUGUGGAGCAGACACCAACCCUUGUGCAGCUGGAUGGAGCCGACUCCUCCAGUACCCCCUUGGCACCCUCGGGGGCUGCCCUGGGGUGCAGGUGACACCGCGGUCCCCUCGCAGCGGCACGGGAGCAACCAGGAGCCACCUCAUGCAGUGGGGAUGGAGUGUGGGAGCAGCGAGCAGGAGCUGGAGCAGGCUCCGAAGGGGGACCGAGUGGCAGAGCAGGGCCGGGAGCCCCGGCUCCUCUAUCAGGGUGGGCCGCGGGCGGGGGCACGGCAAUAACGCGGCUGUUUGCCCCGAGCACACACGCGGCCCCGUAAAUGGCAUUUAUGGCAGCAGCUGGGAGAUGGGGGAGCCGGGGGGGUAAUAAAAAGAAUAAAGAGGAGCGGCCCCGCUCGCCCUGGGACUGCAGGGGAAAUGGGUAAGGUCUGGCUGGGAUAAGGAGGAGCCAGAGGGGAUUCCGGUGGUCUGGAGCAAUCCCAGCAGUUCGGGAGCUCUGGACGCUCUCCCAGGUAAAUCUGCGCAGGGACAUUGCUCCAUCAAAAGCAACCUCCGCGCACACCUGUGGGUUCCUGCACCUCUGCUCCCUGACCCUCUGGGUAAUUUUGGGCUCUGCUGGAGGGACCUUCUCUUCUCCCAGGACCCCUCCAAGGCGUGGGGAGAAUGCAUUAAAGGAACUUCAACCAUUUCAACCAUUUCCAGUCUCCUUGAGCUGCAAAAAAGCCUCAGAGCACCCAUCCCGCAGCCUGGGAGUGGGGAAUGCUCCUGUCCCAUUAUCGCCCUGUGGCACAGACAUCGGGUGCAGGAUGUGGCCUCUCAGAGGGACUCUAGUUCUACUCAGGGGCCACCACUGUCCCAAAAGUUGUGCAGGAGCUGGAGCACAGGAAGCCCCACCACUGCAGGGGACCAGGAAACACAGCUGCGUGUGGGGACAGGUCGGGCUCCAUGCUCUCUGUGGUUUGUGCAGUGACAUCAAGGGCCUUCAAUAGUUUUAUUAUAUGUGACAUGGCUGCUUAUCUAUUAUUCUUGUGAUGCAGCCAGAGAUUAGCUGCAGGCAGGUGGGCAGAGAUUCCUCCAGGCUGAUUCAUGAGUCGUUUCUCCAUCUCUCCCCUCCGGCCACGUUCCCAAGCACUGAAGUUUCAGCAGUGGCAAAAGACACCGGAUUCGGAGCUGAUGGGUUGACAGGGAGGACAAGGAAAAAGUACCGAAAACUGCGCACACAGGGCAGAAAAGCCAGACUUCAUUUCCCUCUUUUGUUGUUCCUCAGGUGUUGCAAUCUCUCCUUUUCCUGGUUUGCAUGUGCAAGCAGAGCUGUGCCGAGCUGUGAUUGCGAAAGGUGUCGAGGAGAGCCCGGCACAGCCAGAGCCCAGUGUGGCCAGAGCCUUGUGUGGCCAAAGCCCAGCACAGCUGGAGCUCCUAGAAACUGGUGAUACUGGGUGGCUCCAGCCUCCGAGCCCUCUGGGAGGGAAGCAGAGGUCUCGUUUUGAGGCCUUUCACCCAGUUUUGCAGCACUGUGCUGCACUGCCCAGCUCUCCCUGAGCCCAGAAAAGGAAAUGUUUUUCCCUUUAAUCUCUUUCUAUUAUCGAGAUCCCGCUGCUACCGAUAAGAGAAAUAGGAAAAGCUUUUUCAGACUGAGGUGUGAAUUUGGAAACAGGUCCCAGACAGCCCAGGAUGACCCGGGUCUGGGAUGCUCUGGAUCUGGGACUGGGAACUCCCCACUGCUUGGUGAUAUCUGACACUGUCCAGUGUCCCCAGUCGUGCCUUCUUCAGCUUUGCAUCUGACUCCUUCUGGUGCUCUGGUCUAGUGUUUACUUUGGUGAAAUGUUGUAAAGAAGCCAAAUAAACACAGGUGACCUGGAGGUGGUGUCACAGCAGAUCCAGCUUGCACAGCCUGCACAAACCAAACCCAGCUCACCAGACGUCCCCCACGCCACAGCCCGGCUGUGGGGCAGGAGAGGAGCGGCCACAGGGACAGCAGGAUGGGCAUGGUGCUUUCCCAACAUGGCUGGUGCCAGCUGGUGUCGAGUUUACACGUGAGACACUCGUGUUUCUGCGCUGUGCAGAAGGGAUCCAUGCUUGGAGGGCUGCGGCCCCAGGGCUGUGCUGGGAUGCUCCUGCUCCAGGUGCCCUCCGGGGAUCCUGAGGUGUGCACGGGAGCAGCUUUGGGAGCUUGUGGGGCCUUGUCCAAAGCAGUGGAUGCUCUGAAUGGGCUGGGGAGCUCUGCUGUGGCUGCCGGGAGCACUGGGAGGGCACUGGGUGGCCUGGACCCCCUUCCUGGCUGUGCCACAUCCCAGUCAGACAUGCCCAACCUCUGGCAAAGCCCGGGCAGGGGCUGGAAGCUUCCCAAUACAGCUGCUUGUCCUAAGGUCCCCCCACAGCCCCUGCCACGUGUCCCAGGCCCAGCCGAGUUUACCAAAACAGCAGAAAAGAACUCCCCUGAGACAGGGAGCCCUGAUCCAGGGGGAGCUUUCCCCACGAUAAGAUAACAUUGAGGCGUUUCAAAGGGAGGCAGAAACUCCUGGCGCUGCCGAUAGCAGCGAAGCCCUUUCCCAGUGCCCGCAGCGGGGUCUCCUUCCUCCAGGGUUUUCAUUUCCUCACGGCAAACAUUUCUGACGGGUGGCUUAUCGGCUGUGCCUGCCCCGGGUAAGGGCAACGAGGGAUGCCAGCUCUGCCACCGGUAUGUGGGCUGGGGACGGGCCACGUGCCUGCUGGGAUAUGGUGACGUGGGGCCAGCCUGUGGGUGUUUGUGGCGGGGUUUGGUCUGACGUGGGUUUUUAGGGCACGUGGGAGUUUGGUUUUGGCAGCGCUACGUGAGCAGGAGAACUGCCUUAACUGCCCUGCCUGCUUCAUGUGCUAAAAAAAAGACCAUAAAUACCAGCUCGGUGUCUGUCUUGCUCAGAACUGCUUUUUCCUGCUCAUGCCGGUGGAGACAACCCGGGCCUGGAGUACGGCACAUUCUCGCUGUGUCCCCAUGCCCCAUCCCACAGUCACGGACCCACGGGCAGGGGACAGAGAUGUGUCCCUGAGAUGGGAGGGUUUGGGUGCUGUCAGGGGCUGCCUUCACCCCAACAGCUCUGUGCACCCUCACUCACAGGCUGCGUCCAUGGCUGCAGCCCUCGGGCAGGGGAUGGUUCUGGGGUUCGGCUCAGGGGUGUUCCUGGGUGCCACUCAGGGAUGCUCCCAGGAUGUCCCUCAGGGAUGCUCCCGGCCCCAGCAAGGCCCAGCCUCCUCUGGGAGUGAUGUCAUGCCACCGACGCUCACACAUCCGACAGGUCUCUGUGCUGCAGGUCUGAGUCCAGGAGGAGCCAGGUGUCUGUCUGUCCCUGUCCCUGUCUCUGUCUCAUCCCAUCUGAGGGUGGGAAGGGGUUAACGGUGCCCGGGUUUGCCCCACUCCCCUCCCAAGGCCCGUUCUGGCCUAAGCCUGCCCUGGACGCACCUGCCAAGGGUUAACCCGGCCCGGGCUGUUCAAACACCUCGGCUGAGGUAAGCGCUGCUUGUUUGUUCAGGUAAAUAAGGAAGGAAUUGGAUAUAAUGGGCAAAGGCGGCUCUGGCUGAGCCCUGACACUCACUGCCGGCAUCCCCCUCGCGCAGCCGUGCCGGGCUUGGUCCCUGUCCUGCCCCCGGAGCCACUCGGGGUGCCCGGUUCUCACUCCCGUCCCGGCCCGGUGCCGAUGAGGCUCAGCCCGGCCGCGCUGCCGCCGCGGAGCAGGCGCUGAGCGGGGCGCGGUGCUGCCGGCCGCACUCCUCGCCCGUGCUCGGACACCUCAGCCGGGGCCAUGUCCCCCGCAGACACCGCGCCGAGUGCCGCAGGGACGGCUCUUGCCACCCUGCGCUGGCAUCCAUGUGGCUUCUGAGCACGCACACCCUCGAGGUUUGGAGGCAGCGCUGAGCGGAGGGAUGGGCAGUGCCAGCCCCGGGCUGACCGCUCUGCCCCCCGGCCGCCUCGCCUGGCCGGAGCCCACGCUGCUGCCACCCCCGCGGGACCCCGACCCCCGGAGCUGGGGCUGCCCGGAGAGCCCCAGCCCCCCCAGCACCCCCGAGCAGCCCGUGCCGGCCUUCUGCCUGCACUACUUCGACAUGCUGUACCCGGAGGACACGGCCUGGGCCACCAAGGGCGCCGGGGAACCGUCCCACGGCAGCGCCCAGGGCGGGCGGGAGGAGGCGCGGAAGGAGCCGGAGCAAUGUCCCAUCAUCGACAGCCAGGGCCUGGGGCUGGGGCCCGAGGGGGACCUGCAGGACAGCCUGCACCUGGAGGAGCACUCGCUGGAGCAGGUGCAGAGCAUGGUGGUGGGCGAGGUGCUGAAGGACAUCGAGACAGCCUGCAAGCUCCUCAACAUCGCCUCAGACCCCACGGACUGGAGCCCCGGGAAUGUGCAGAAGUGGAUCCUGUGGACGGAGCACCAAUACCGGCUGCCGCAGAUCGGGAAGUCCUUCCAGGAGCUGUCGGGAAAGGACCUGUGUGCCAUGUCCGAGGAGCAGUUCUGCCAGCGCUCGCCCGCCUGCGGCGACAUCCUGCACGCCCACCUCGACAUCUGGAAGUCUGCCGCCUGGAUGAAGGAGAAGGCUGCCCCUGGAGACGUGAGAUACUGCGGAGGUGACACCAGCUGGGCCGACAGCGAGGUGGACUCGUCCUGCUCCGGCCAACCCAUCCACCUCUGGCAGUUCCUCAAGGAGCUGCUGCUGAAACCGCACAACUACGGGCGCUUCAUCCGCUGGCUCAACAAGGACAAAGGCAUCUUCAAGAUCGAGGAUUCGGCGCAGGUGGCCCGGCUGUGGGGCAUCCGCAAGAACCGCCCGGCCAUGAACUACGACAAGCUGAGCCGCUCCAUCCGGCAGUACUACAAGAAAGGAAUCAUCCGGAAGCCCGACAUCUCCCAGCGCCUCGUCUACCAGUUCGUCCACCCGGUCUGAGCGGCGGCGGGACC